AUGCAUGCAAAACCAAAACAUACAACCGAAGAAGAACAUGAAGCCACCAUCGUCACCGCCAUACCCACCAGCAACCACCGCACUCGAACCUCCAAUCGCCGAAAAUGCAUAUGCAUAUCCACAACUCUCACCACCAUACUCGCAAUCGCUCUCCUCAUCCUCAUUCUCGCCUUAACCGUCUUCAAAUCCAAAAAACCUAUCACCACCGUCAACUCGGUCACCAUCAACGACAUAAACGCCACCAUAAACCUCAUCCCACUUAAAAUCUCCAUCAACAUCUCACUUGACAUAAAAAUCUCCGUUAAAAACCCUAACAAAAUCGGCAUCACGUACCACAACAGCUCGGCCGCUCUCAUGUACAAAGGUCAUGAUGUCGGGAAUGUUCCGAUACCGGCCGGAAAGAUUGGGUCCGGUGAUACGAAGCAAAUGAACUUGACUCUCACGGUUUUUGCUGACCGGUUGUUAUCGGAUGUUGAUGUGUAUGGUGAUGUAAUAAGUGGUAAUUUUAUGUUGUCUACUUAUACUAGAAUCUAUGGCAAAGUUCGUGUGUUGAAUUUGUUUAAUAUCCACGUCAGCUCUACGUCCACGUGUGAUUUGAAGAUUGAUGUUUUGAAUAGGAAGAUUGUGUAUCAGAGGUGCCAUUACAAGAAUAAGGUGUAA